AAAUGAGUCAGUGGGGGCAGCUGCUGUCAGAGUGACUCGUGUCUUGGUGACCCAAGAUCAUGAAAACAAGUCAUUCUGCAUCCACAAUACCGGAAUUUCCCACAACUCUCGGACCUCUGAAGAACCUCCUGAACUUUGACUGGUUUCAAUUCCACAAAGACGUGUCUCCCGCUCUGUGUCUCGUUCCUCUGCAUUCCUUUUGUGACGGCUUCCACGCUGUACACUUCAGUCUCUCUGGAUCAGCAGCUGGUUAUUUUUUUAGGACCAGACAUUUUGUUUCGGAAUGAUGCUUCUCUGGUGCUUAUUUUUGAUGGUUCCUAUGAUGAGCUUUCUGCGGGACGUCCGUGUGUCCAGUUGUGAUACAACCUGUGCAGAUAAACCAGUUUUCACUCCAUCCAGUCUGGUGGUGAAGUUCGGUGACCCCACCUCUGCCAACUGCUCUGUGUGUGAGCUCGCUUGUGUCAACAACCAAUAUGGUGUGGAAAGCCCCGCGGGAGUCACGAGGAAGGACGGAACUACGAUAUCAUGGACAGUCGAUUCACUGACUGAGUGGUCGGUGUCGUCAUUGUGUUUCUAUAGUGAUGAUGCUGGUCACCAGUGUUGUACCUUCCUGCCUGUUACUGUCUACCAACCUCCACAAAAAGUGUCCAUCAGCGUUGUUAACCUCACUGGGCCGAUGUUGGAGGGGCGUCAGUACACUCUGCAGUGUACAGUAGAGCACGUGGCUCCUGUUAAGGACCUCCGUGUGACCUUCUACAGAGGACAGACAGCACUGGGUCAACCACAGUCCAUCAACAGCACAGGGACGAAACCAGUGACUCAGAUCUUCAGUGUGGACAUCAGCCCGGGUAGAGGAGAAGAUGGAGCUCAGUACUGGUGUGAAGCCAAGCUGGAACUGGGACCUGAAGGACCAAAGCUCCCUCCAGUGGAGACGUCACAAAACAUCACUGCUACUGUGCACUAUCAGCCUCAUCUGGAGGGAUCAUCACAUCCAGAUACAAUCAGAGUCCGGGAAGGAGAACUUCUACGACUGAACUGCUCGGCUGUAGCAAACCCCCCCCCCACGUACACCUGGACGUACCCGUCAGGGAGAAGGGAAGCCUCCCAUGCCGACGUUCUGACUAUCAACUCCACCACUGUGUCGGAUGGGGGGAAGUUCACCUGUUCAGUGGUCAACCUGCUGGGAAAUGUCACCAAGGAGUUUGACGUGGAGCUUCAGGCAAACCCCACGGGAAUCAUCAUUGGCGUCGUAGUUGCGGUUGUCCUUGUGAUCGUGGCCUCGGGCCUGGUUGCAUACUAUUGCUACAGACAGAAGCGGAUGGAUCAGUACAACGUGAAGGAGGUUUUUUCCCGCUCUCACUCGCGUCACUCUGCUGUUCCCACAGCGGAUUGAGCCCGUGGGCACGACAACGUGAAUGGACCUUCGCUUUGACCUUUCCUGUCAUUACUCCACUUAUAGCGUCAAUGUCAGAGAGAAGCAAGCAAAGAAAUACAUAGAAAACCAUUUUUAACCAUCAAAGUACAUUGUAACUUUUCCGUACAUUACUUGGUGCUUGUUUGGCCACUUGUGGCUGAAACAAGUUGUGCAGCCGGUGAACAUGCGGCUUUGCUGCUUCUCUUUGUUGUAUUUCAGUUGUGUUGCUCCCUACUUAGAGAUGUGUUUUAAAUAGAACAGCGACUGAGCGCUUGUGAGUAACCACCCACUGACCAACAGUUUCCGUGUGAAUGUAUUUGGUGUGAAUGCGUUUGUGUGCUUUACUGAUGCGCUACGUUGGUGACACUGAAAACGAGGCUUUCACGCAGGCGAAAGCUUUAUGACGAUGAACUGCACACUUGACCUUCUGUUAUGACGCAUACGCUUUUAUCUAUAUUUAUUUAUGCAAAUAAACAAUAACUUUGUACAACGGUGUGUGAAUGCUUGUGUGUCUGUGUUAGCCCUGCGAUUGGCUGGCGGGCCGAUCCAAGGUGGACCCCGUCUCUCGUCUGAACUUGUCUGGGAUGGACUCCAGCCCCACGCGGCCCCUGUGCAGGAUAAGUGCUGUGAAGAUGGAUGGAUGCGUGAGAUGCACCGCAUUCUCUUCUAUUGUUACUUUAUUGCAUGUUAAAGUUGUUGCAAAUGGAGACCGCAUACUAAAACACCACAAAAUAGAUGAACCUUACAAUAAUGAUAUUUAAGUUAUUGCAGUGAUCCAGUGGAAGCAUCUGAACUUCCCUCAGUGUGAGAGGUACUGAUGGAAGUGUGAGAUGCGAGUGUAGAUUUCCUGUUCAUGGGAUUCUUCACCGCUAGCCGAGCUUCCCCAGAACUUUGGGUGCUCUCUGAUCUCGGGGGGUUUUCAAGGGAAACUCCGUGCAGAGAUCAUGUUUAGAGGGAAGCGAGUAGAUGGACGCCGGAAAUGUUUCACUCCGGAUCUUAAUAACUACUGCUGCCCUCCUACGAGGAAGAAAAAAACCACUCCUUGACUGGAUAUAGAAAGGAAAACUAGGGAAAUAUAUUACUAUGCAUUUAUAGUUCAAGUGUAAUUUUGUUCUAGCGUAAGCGUGCAUGUUUAUAUUUAAAUACUUAACACCUCCUACGAGGAAGAAAAAAGCACUCGACUGGAUAUAGAAACUGGAAAAAUAUUGUCUUCUUCGCCAUCAGAAAACCUCUUGUGUUUUUGGAGUAUACUUCUCCUUAAUUUGAAUCUCUAAUUGUCCAAUUGUUGCUGUCAGAGUGACUCGUGUCGUGAUCCCGCCCCAAGAUCAUGACUAUAAAUCAUUCUGCAGCCACGACACCGGAAUUCACGACAGCUCACUUGCCUUCCUGAACUUUGCCCGGUGUCCAAUUCAGACGAAGUUGUCGGUCUGUCUCGUGUUUUGGUUCUAAAGGAAAAACGAGAAAACGACUGUCCACUUCCGUCCUACCGGUUAUGAUGAAAAACGAAAAAAGAGAAAAGAGUGUUUUCGUUUUCUAGUUCUUACGGUAAAACCCACUCGGCGUCUCCUUCCUUUACACUUUAGACUUUACACUUCAGUCUCUCUGGAUCACCGGCUGGUUAUUUUUUUUUAGGACCAGACAUUUUGUUCGUCUAAAAGACCUACUGGGAAUAAUGCUUCUCUGGUGCUUAUUUUUGAUGGCUGCUAUGAUGAGCUCUCUGCGGGACGUCCGUGUGUCCAGUUGUGAUACAAACUGUGCAGAUAAACCAGUUUUCACUCCAUCCAGUCUGGUGGUGAAGUUUGGUGACCCCACCUCUGCCAACUGCUCUGUGUGUGAGCUCGCUUGUGUCAACAACCAAUAUGGUUGGGAAAGCCCCGCGGGAGUCACGAGGAAGGACGGAACCACGAUUUCAUGGACAGUCGAUUCACUGACUGAGUGGUCGGUGUCGUCAUUGUGUUUCUAUAGUGAUGAUGCUGGUCACCAGUGUUGUACCUUCCUGCCUGUUACUGUCUACCAACCUCCACAAAAAGUGUCCAUCAGGGUUGUUAACCUCACUGGGCCGAUGUUGGAGGGGCGUCAGUACACUCUGCAGUGUACAGUAGAGCACGUGGCUCCUGUUAAGGACCUCCGUGUGACCUUCUACAGAGGACAGACAGCACUGGGUCAACCACAGUCCAUCAACAGCACGGUGACGAAACCAGUGACUCAGAACUUCAGUGUGGACAUCAGCCCGGGUAGAGAAGAAGAUGGAGCUCAGUACUGGUGUGAAGCCAAGCUGGAACUGGGACCUGAAGGACCAAAGCUCCCUCCAGUGGAGACGUCACAAAACAUCACUGCUACUGUGCACUAUCAGCCUCAUCUGGAGGGAUCAUCACAUCCAGAUACAAUCAGAGUCCGGGAAGGAGAACUUCUACGACUGAACUGCUCGGCUGUAGCAAACCCCCCCCCCACGUACACCUGGACGUACCCGUCAGGGAGAAGGGAAGCCUCCCAUGCCGACGUUCUGACUAUCAACUCCACCACUGUGUCGGAUGAGGGGAAGUUCACCUGUUCAGUGGUCAACCUGCUGGGAAAUGUCACCAAGGAGUUUGACGUGGAGCUUCAGGCAAACCCCACGGGAAUCAUCAUUGGCGUCGUAGUUGUGGUUGUCUUUGUGAUCGUGGCCUCGGGCCUGGUUGCAUACUAUUGCUACAGACAGAAGCGGAUGGGAGGAUCCAACACGCUUCACUCUGCUGUUCCCACUGAGGAUUGAGCCUGUUGGCACGACAACGUAAAUGGACCUUUGCUUUGACCUUUCCGGACAUUACUCCACUGAUGGUGUCUAAUGAACUAAAAUGUCAAUUUCACAGAGAAGCAAGCAAAGAAAUACAUAGAAAACUAUUUUUAACAAUCAAACGACAUUGUGACUUUUCCGUACAGCAGCAGAACGACUCGACGCUUGUGAGUAUCCGCCCACUGACUAACGGUUUCCGUACGAAUGUAUUGGGCGUGAAUGUGUUUGUGACACUGAAAAAGAGGAUUUCAUGCAGGCGAGCUGCACACUUGAACUUCUAUUAUGAUGAAUUAGCUUUGAUCUGUAUUUAUUUAUGCAAAUAAAAAACAUACUUGCAACUGUGCAAUGA